UGCUGGCAAGACAGAGAGACGGAGUGAAGAAGAAAGGACGUUGCCUGGGCAGAAGGAGCAUACGCUCAGGAGAAGGGCCUCUGCCCACUACACCAAGCACAAGGCCACUGGGAAUAUCACCAUCUGAAACGCAGCCCAGCCUUCUAGGGAGAGAGCAGGCCUCCUCAUCUCCUUCAUCAUGAACUGGCACAUGAUAAUCUCUGGGCUUAUCGUAGUGGUGAUUAAAAUUGUUGGAAUGACCUUAUUUCUGCAUUAUUUCCCACAGAUUUUUGGCAAAAGUAAUGUCAGCUUCAUUCCCACAGACAGCUACGGAACAGUCCCACAAACUUUUGGCAGCAGUAAUGCCAGCUUCAUUCCCACAGAGAGCUACGGAACAGUCUGCCCCAGAGGGUGGGAUUUUCAUCAAGGAAGAUGUUUCUUCUUGUCCACCUCUGAGUUGUCUUGGAACAAAAGCAGGGACUUUUGCGAAGGAAAAGGAUCAACUCUGGCCAUUGUCAACACGCCAGAGAAACUGAAUUUUCUCCAGAAGAUAACUGGUGCUGAGAAGUAUUUUAUUGGCUUACUAUACCAGCACGCAGAGAAAAGGUGGCGUUGGAUCAACAACUCUGUGUUCAACGGCAAUGUUACCAAUCAAUAUCAGGAUUUCAACUGUGUGACCAUAGGCCUGACAAAGACAUAUGAUGCUGCGUCAUGUGACAUCAACUACCACUGGAUCUGCGAGAAGAAUGCCAAAUGAAUGCAGCCCUCUGUGGCCUCUGAUGAAAACAACUAAUAUACGUAUGGAGACAGCAAAGGAGAAUAUUUAUAAUUGGAAUGGGUCCAGGAAACACAGAAUAUCAAAUUACUAUGUCAGUCUUCCACAGGUUACUGGCAGAGCUCCCUAAUGAAUCCUCAGGGCUAAUGCACUUGCCUCUCCACAAAUAUACUUGCAUACACACAGCGGAGCAAAUUCCCCAUUCUCAGCCAGCAAUUCCCCAAGACCCCAUUUCCUGUGAGAGUCACAUAUAUGACUCUUUUUGGAUCCACACAGGUCUUCUAGUCAGUGAUCCCUUUAUCCAUCUGCCUACUAGGAGAGGUCCUUGCCUGUUUAGGGAAAUGAG